AAUAAAGAAAAUAGUUUCAUAAGCCCUUGCUGAAAAUUGCAUACAACCAGUGAAACAGUUAAGGUUUUCAGCCUAAUGCUCUUCUCCAGAGGAUUUUAAGUGGGGUUUGUUGGGUUUUUUUUACUGCAUUUUAGAUGGACUUCUCUCCUGAAGGAAUAUUUAAAUAGGUUGUCUAGGGAAGUGGUGUGAAAUGGUCCUUUUUGUUUGACACACAGCUUGUUUUUUUGAGGUAGCUGAUUUAAUCUCUGAAGUGAUUUUAAAAUUUUUUUUUUUUACAAAGGGACAUACCAGAAAUAGACUAUUUGGCUGUGAGGGGGGAGUUGGGCUGGUUUCGUGUGCACAGUGCUGCAGAAGUUUUACAGUACUUUGGAUAGCAAAAUACAUUUGUUGAUUUACUUUAGUUCCAUGCCACAUUUUUCCAGAGGGUUUGAGCUGGGUUUUCUGUUCACUCUAUACCUUUAUAAUGUACUUAGUUCUGUUUUGGAUAUAGAUACAAGUUGAAGAGCUUGGGGGCUUGUGCUUGCUGAAGUCCUGGCUUAAGGCUGAAUUUAAGUGUUGGGUCUAGCAUGAGAGAUGUGCACACAGAAUUGUCUAGUUGGAGUUGAGAGGUGUUAGUUUAGAAGUUAGCUGAACACCAUCAUGUUACAUGGGCAGGAGCUUGGUGUUGCAGAUGGUGGAGCUGGUAAGGCUGAGGAGGGGCUCUCUGUGUUUAAAAUGUUGCCAUGAGAAUAGAGCGCAUGCUGUUACAAAACAGCCUCCUUCCUCGGAUUAGAGAGGGCUUGAAAAAUGAGCCCUUAGUUGUCUGGCAUUUCAGAUGUGCUGUUAAACUGCAAAUCUCAUUACCUUCACAGGAGAUGUGGGUGCACAGCCCUCUGAAAACUAGGCCAGUGGUGCUUAAAUAAGGAGGAAAGCAAAGAGUGCAAUGAAAGAAAGUGAAAAUGCUUCAUGUAAGCCAGUGAUAGACAUGUUGGGAGUAGAGUCUUUAUUCAGCCAGUGCAGGGAGGGGAGAUACUGAAUUGCAACUCUUACCUUUACAAGGAAUUUUUUAGUAGUUUUUAGUUCUUCAAACUUCUCUGCCUCCCUGCUGGUUCAGCUCCUGGCAUUUUUGAUUUGUUCGCUCUUCCCUCAGAUACCUUUCUGCUUCCUGACUAUCACUCUUCCUUGCUUUGCUGUCCUGGAAUUGUCAGGUCCCAGACUUCUAGCCUUCACCAUGCUGCAAGGAGAGGUUAUCAUUGUCCUCAUGUGAAUAUAGAAUAUUCUGCACCAUCAUGCAGAGCAUCAUUUAACCUGCAUAUGUGAGGAGGCUGCUUUUCUAUUGCUGUGGGAACCGCAGGUUAAUUUUAUUGCAUAUUUUUAUUUUAUUUUAAGAGAUUUCACUCAGUAUCACACUAACAGGAUUCUCUGCAAACCUGUUCCAUGGCUGGCUUUUCAGAGCAUGUCAUUAAAUGCAGUUAUCUGGGCAAUUCUUUAAAAGUAGGCCUUAUUUUAAAUGCAGUUGGGAUGGGGAGAUAAAAAACAAAGUAUCAAGAAACUAAUUGUUUCAUUUCCACCACACCUUACAGUUGCUAUCACUAAUAUCUGCUACUAGGUUGCACUGUAUAUGUAAAACAAUAACUCCUUCAACUUAAAAUGCUAGCAAAACAAGGGCUAAUAAAAAAUAAUUUUGGAUUGUAUGAAGUCAGAAAAAUGCCAGAUGCUUGGUGAUUCUUGUCAGCAACACAAUGCAGGGAAAUGAUACUUGGUCUUAGGGAGGCCCAGUAUGGGAUGAAGUACUUCCCCAUGCUCAGUAUUUGUAUCUGCAGACUGAUACACUAAUUAUCACUGAUCUGCUCUCAAGGCUGAUGGGUCCUUAUCCAGAAGUGUGCUUUCUGCAAUGAGGAUUCAGUGGGAGAGAGGCAAUUUGGACUUGAUAGAGAUACAGGGGCACAAAUUCUACUUUCUAGUUAGAAAAUAAUCCAGUAUGAAACAAAAUAACCCAGCAUCCCUACCUAUUUAUUUGAAGAUGUGGUUGGUGGUCUUGUUAAAGCAUAUACAAUAUUCAGUUUUGCCUCAGUGUCAAGUAUUUUAAUAAUUUUGUCUUUUUACAUUUAAUAGAACAUUUUAGCAUCUUCUGUUGAAACUAUACUUGAAGAAGAACAAUGUAUAGUUUAAGCUGUGGAUGUUCUGUCUGAAUUAUCAACAGCGAUUAAAAUCUAACCAUUUUAAGCAGUAAAAACCCUUAUUAUUUGGAAAAAUAAUUAUAAGUGACUCAAGAAAUUUUUUUUUUAUAAACUUUUGAUUUGGUUGUUCCAGACUUCAUGACACUAAUGUUAUGUCUUGUGUUUCCAAUCUGUUCAAGACUGAGUUUCAGUCCAUGGGUGAUGUGAGUUGAAGAGGUAUCAGUCCUUCUACAAAAGCAUAAUCAUUUAGAAGCCAUGAGAAAAAAAGGUUUACUUUACAUCCUACUAGCAGGAUUGUAACUGAAAAUUUUAAUCUGAAUACUUCCCAAAGGAGUGUAUGUCCCUAUGGUUGUGGCUGACAGCCAUGUCACCUGCUUGAUCUAAGGUGAGACUGUGUGUGUUCAGAACCUUCUAGGAAAAAUUACCUGUACAAAGAGAUGCUGUUGGUAUUUUCAGGGUGCAGCUACUCUGUCAGUACUGAUAGCUCAGAUGAGCUGUAGACUGAGGUCCUGAGCACUUCAGUCAAAAGGUUAUAGAGUGUGAAUAGGAACAUUUAUCUCUGCACCCUGCUGGAUUUCUGAAUUGAGUAACUUAAUUGAAAUCUGAGCACCAAAAUAUUCCUCAGGUAGCAUCACCCAGUGGAAUCUGGUGUUUGAGCCACAAACCUGCUAGAACUUCCAGCAUCACUGUUACCUUGCUGGAGAGCACUCAGCAGUAGCUCCGUGUCGGUAAAGGAUAUGAUCCUUCUUCUAUGUCCGGGCUUUGGCCUCACACAGUAGGUGUAAUAUAAUCGCUGAGGUGGGCGUUCUGGAAGGAGAAUUAUUUUUGGAGGCUUUUGCAUGAAACUUGUCCAAUGAGUCUGAGACGCCCAAGCACCAUUAAUUUUGGAGGAAAAAGAUGGAGUAUUGCAUGCUGGGAACAAGUGCUUUCCAUAAGGUACAGCAGCAGCUCAUGAUGCCCCGUAAAGCUUUUCUUUCCCAGAAAGAAAAGCAGGCUCGUGCCAGGGAAAGGGAUAUGUUAAAAAAGAGGAGGAGGCGACAAGACUAUCUCAAAAGAAGCGUGGAGCCGCAGAAAAAUGCAGAGACAAUAAAAUGGCACAGGGAUGAUGAGAAGAGGAGAGAAAAUGAGCAAGUUAAGGACAAAGAUAUCAAGAAGCGGUGGAGACAGGAUGAGAGAGAACGGCGAAAGAAUGUGGACGCUAUGAAUUGGCACAGGGAAGAUGAGAAGAGGGAGAAUGAGCGAGAAACUAUGUUCCAACUUCCUGUCAACAACCUUGGCAGUUUAAGAAAAGCCCGGAAAACUGUGAAAAAAAUACUUAGUGACAUUGGUUUGGAAUACUGUAAAGAACAUAUAGAAGAUUUUAAGCAGUUUGAACCUAAUGACUUUUAUUUGAAAAACACUACAUGGGAAGAUGUAGGAUUGUGGGACCCAUCACUUACAAAAAACCAGGACUAUCGGACAAAGCCCUUUUGCUGCAGUGCGUGUCCAUUUUCCUCGAAGUUCUUUUCAGCCUACAAAAGCCACUUCCGGAAUGUUCAUAGUGAAGACUUUGAAAAUAGGAUUCUCCUUAAUUGUCCUUACUGUACUUUCAAUGCGGACAAAAAGACUUUGGAAACGCACAUUAAAAUAUUUCAUGCUCCAAAUGCCAGUACACCAAGUGGAGGCAUCAGCACUUUUAAAGAUAAAAACAAGCAUGAUAGCCUUAAACCUAAGCAGGCUGACAGUGUAGAACAAGCUGUUUAUUACUGUAAGAAGUGCACUUACCGAGAUCCUCUGUAUGAAAUAGUUAGAAAGCACAUUUACAGGGAACAUUUUCAGCAUGUUGCUGCUCCUUACGUAGCAAAGGGAGGUGAAAAGUCACUCAAUGGUGCAGUUCCAUUAAGUUCCAGUACCCGGGAGGAGGGUAGUAUUCACUGCAAACGAUGCCUUUUCAUGCCGAAAUCGUACGAAGCUUUAGUCCAGCACGUUAUCGAAGACCACGAACGUAUAGGAUACCAGGUUACAGCUAUGAUAGGUCACACUAAUGUAGUGGUCCCAAGAUCUAAACCUUUGAUGUUAAUAGCUCCAAAACCACAGGAUAAAAAGCCUAUGGGACUCCCUCAGAGGAUGGGUCCCCUUUCCCCUGGGAGUGUUCGAUCUCUCUCGUCACAGCAGAUGAUGAACAGACUCACCAUACCAAAGCCUACGUUAAAUUCUGCAGGAGCGAAUAUGAUGUCAAAUGUUCACCUGCAACAAAACAAUUACGGAGUCAAAUCAGUACCACCAAGUUACGUUGGUCAGCCAGGGGGAAGGCUAAACUUAAGUGGUAAUUCACCAGUUUCUAUUCCACAGCAAUCACAAACAAUGAAACAGUUUUCAGCAAGUGGAAAUGGAAGGCCUUACACUCUUGGAGGGGAACAGAGAUCACAGGCCUCAGCAAGAUACUCUCUUCAGUCUGCCAAUUCAUCUUCUCUUUCAUCAGCUCAGUUGAAACAGACAUCACUAUCUCAGUCUCAGGCAGCUUCAAGAGCAGUAGGUCAGUCUGGCUCGAAAUCUCCUGUAGCUGCUACAGGUCCUUCCUCUGUCAAUACAUCAUCCACACAGAAGUGGAAAAUUUGUACAAUCUGUAAUGAGCUGUUUCCUGAGAACGUGUAUAGUGUCCACUUUGAAAAGGAGCACAAGGCUGAAAAGGUGCCUGCAGUAGCUAACUAUAUAAUGAAAAUUCACAAUUUCACUAGCAAAUGUCUAUACUGUAAUCGCUAUUUACCCACUGAUACUUUGCUUAAUCAUAUGUUGAUACAUGGUCUGUCUUGUCCAUAUUGCCGGUCCACCUUCAAUGAUGUUGAAAAGAUGGCUGCUCACAUGCGAAUGGUUCAUGUUGAUGAAGAGAUGGGACCUAAAACCGAUUCCACUCUGACUUUUGAUUUGACAUUGCAGCAGGGUAGUCAUACAAAUAUACAUCUUCUUGUAACCACCUACAACCUGAGAGAUGCCCCUGCUGAAUCCGUAGCUUACCAUGCUCAGAAUACUCCCCCAGUUCCACCAAAACCACAGCCAAAAAUCCAGGAGAAGUCUGAUGUACCUGUAAAAAGUUCUCCACAAGCAGCAGUUCCCUACAAAAAAGAUGUGGGAAAAACUCUCUGUCCUCUGUGCUUUUCAAUCCUAAAAGGACCCAUCUCUGAUGCACUUGCACAUCACCUACGGGAGAGGCAUCAAGUAAUUCAGACAGUUCAUCCAGUUGAGAAAAAGUUAACCUACAAAUGCAUCCAUUGCCUCGGUGUGUACACGAGUAACAUGACUGCCUCAACCAUAACACUGCACCUUGUUCAUUGCAGAGGAGUUGGGAAGACUCAGAAUGGCCAGGACAAAGGCACUUCUUCAUCUCGGCUAGGUCAGUCUCCAGCUGUAGCACCUGUAAAACGUACCUAUGAACACAUGGAAUUUUCACUAAUGAAGAAAAGGAAAAUGGAUGAUGAUGACUCCCCCUCUGCCUUUGAGGAGAAGCCUGAAGAACCUGUAGUUCUAGCACUGGACCCCAAGGGUCAUGAAGAUGAUUCCUAUGAAGCCAGGAAAACGUUUCUUACAAAGUAUUUUAAUAAGCAACCAUAUCCCACUAGGAGAGAGAUUGAAAAGCUGGCUGCCAGUCUGUGGCUAUGGAAAUCUGAUAUUGCAUCUCAUUUUAGUAACAAAAGGAAGAAAUGUGUUAGAGAUUGUGAAAAAUACAAACCUGGUGUGCUACUUGGCUUCAAUAUGAAAGAAUUAAACAAGGUUAAACAUGAAAUGGAUUUUGAUGCUGAAUGGCUGUUUGAAAACCAUGAUGAAAAGAAUUCCAGAGUCAAUAUUAGUAAAACUGUUGAUAAAAAAAUAAACUUGGAAAAAGACAAUGAAAGUUCCUCAGACAGCUAUGAAAAUAUAGAAGAGGAAUACAAUGAAAGCAGUAGUCCAUUUGGUCAGCGUAUUUCUGAUGUUGCUGGGAAAACCUCUUCUGAUAGCGUAGUGGAGAACCCAGAAAACAGCAUAUCUAAGGAAAUAAUUGAGGAAAACACAUCGCAGUCUCCAGAGAAAUCUGAACAAAAACAAGAGGAAAGCUCUAAGUAUGAAGAGAUCAUUUCUGCUGAAGAACCAACAAAGCUGGUAGGUGAUGUUUCAGAUAGUGAAGGUGAUCAGGAUGAUCAGGAUGAUGCUGUUGAAUGGAAAGAUGGAGCUUCACAGUCUGAAAGUGGCCCUGGUUCUCAGCAGGUUUCUGAUUUUGAAGAUAAUACAUCAGAAGUAAAACCAGAAGCGUGGACAGAUGAAUCCUCCCAGAGUGAAGAUGCUGGUAGCAGUAAACCAACUGUUGAGACAAAAGGAGGUGGAUCUGAAAGUGAUGAAGAACAGUCCAAGUGGAAGAAUCGUUCCUAUGGAAAAGUAGAUGAGUUUUGGUCUAAGGACCAGUCACAAUGGAAAAAUGCAUCGGAGAUUGAGGAGAGCUUGUCAAAUCAGCAGAUGGAAUGGCAGAAUAGCACAAUUGACAGUGAGGAUGGAGAUCACUUUGACAGUGUGACUGAUGGGGUAGCAGAACCAAUGCACAGCAGCUUAACUGGUGUGGAGCUGAGUAGCCAGCAAGCGUAAGCUGCUGGAUUCAGAGGUGUCAGUAAAAUGAUCCAAUCUACAACUGUCUAAACACUUUCAUUUCAGUAUGACUGCUAAGCUUCAGUUCUAACUGGUACUGCCUUUCAAGUGCUAGGUCAUGGCAUGGGGUGGUUCUGGCCACUGUUAUUCCAGUGGUUACUUAAAGUUGCUGUUGGCUAAUCUUGCUUGAGAGUAUCUGCUGGGAUGAGCGGAGUAACUUAAUGUGAAAACGGAUAAGCUGGUGGCUCCAGAAUGCACAGAGAGAAAAGCAGAGGUUUACUUUAUCUGCAUUUUCAACAUUUAUUUCACUCUUGUACAUGUUCAGUUGUAUGUCUUUUUAAACAUUACCCUUUUUCACAUGGUAGAAGUGUAGGGCCAACCAUACAAGCUACCAGUUCCAACGUGUAUAGUAGACUAUGGGGAAAUUGAUUUUUUUCAUGUAUCAUUCUGAAUAGUUGAAAUGUAUAUUUGUACAGUCUUUUAGACCUAUUCAAGUGAAGCUUAUGAAAUUGUUCUUGUGUACCCAUCAUAGAUUUGUUUCUCUUUUUUUAGUGUUGCCCUGCUGUGUAAUAAAUGCUGUAUCUAGUUUACCUAGCAAAAGCUUGAAACUGCUAUAGUAUGAAUUUUGACAAACUUAGUUUUUGCACAUAACCUUGUACAAUCUCAAAAACAGAGGCCAGCAACAUAAAAAAAUAUAUCUGGACUCUAUUGUAUUAUAGAAUUUUCUUGUUCUGAAUAUCCUUGACAUUACAACUGAUGACAAAUGUAUUUCAGAGCCAUUUUCUGAAAUCUUUUAAGCUAAAAAAGAAAAAUCACAUGCAAGAAACGAGUUUGCAGCUACUAAUUUUGACACCUUUUAGAUCUGUAUAAAAGUGUAUUGUGUUGAAGCAGCACACUGAAACAAAAGUGCUGUGUUUUGGAUAUUUAGUUUUAUCUUUAGUUAACACCAGCAAGGUGUUGUAUUCAUUUAUACCAUCUAAUAUAUGACACACUGUUGUAGUAUGUAUAAUUUUGUGAUCUUUAUUUCCCUUUGUAUUCUUCAUUUAAGCAUCUAAAUAAAUUGCUGUAUUGUGCUUAAUGUAAA